AUGGUUUUCCCUCGUUCCAUCCUUCUUUUAUCCGCUCUUAUUAUUUUUUUAUUCCUUACUUUCGUUACUGCCCAAGAUGGAUUUCAAAAUAAUUUUGAAAAACGGGAUUUAAAACAUAAAAAACAUAAUCAUCACCAUAAGCAUAAUCACCAUAAGCAUCAUCACCAUAAACUUCAUCACCAUCAUGGACAUACAAAACAUAAAUACAAGCCUGUUUACAAAUAUGAGAUAGACGAGAAACAUUAUCUUGAGCACAAAUCCAACUAUCAUAUUCAUCAUUACAAAUCUAAUCCUCACCAUACUCAUGUUCCUCAUAAAUACCCUUUUCAUUAUCCUCAUUAUCCUCAUAAAUACCCUCCUCAUUAUCCUCAUUAUCCUCAUGAUCCUCAUAAAUACCCUCCUCAUUAUCCUCAUUAUCCUCAUGACCCUCAUAAACAUCCUAUUUAUGAUCCUCAUAAACAUCACUUUUAUGAUCCUCAUAAUCAUGAAUAUCAUCCCGUGCAUCAUACUACAACAACUUACUCCUACAAAACUUCUGCAGCAAGAAGCACUGAAGCUAAAACCAGCACUGAAGCGAAGACCACUGCUAAAAUCAGCGCUACAGUAAAAACCACAGCUAAAACCAGUGAUGGGGCAAAGACGACAGCUAUGACUAGUGCUGUAAUGAAGACUACGGCUAAGACCAGUGCUGAAGCCAAGACUACAGUUAAAACUAGUGCUGAAGCUAAGACCACAGUGAUGACGGCUAAGACCACAGCAAAAACUAGUACUACUCUAGCAAAGACUACAGCUAAGACAACAACUAAGACUAGCAUUGUAGCGAAGACUACGAUUAAUACCAGUGCCGAAGUCAAGAAUACAUCUAAAACUAGUGCUGAAGCUAAGACUACAGCGACUACAGCUAAGACCAUAGAAAAAACUGGCUCUACGAUAGCAAAGACUACAGCUAAGACUAGCAUUAUAACAAAUACUACAGCUAAGACAACAGCUAGGACUAGUGCUAUAGCAAAGACCACAGCAAAGACCACAGCUAAGACUAGUGCUAAAGCUAAAACCACAGCUAGGACUA